AAAUGUUUGAAAUUGAAUCAUUAUAAAUUUUUGAAUAGACUCAAUUUUUGUUAUUGCCACCCUUUAUUUGUACAAAAAUUUGACUAUCGUUUGUAUUUUGUUUCGUUACUAAUCAACGUAGAAUUUAAACUAACAAUAUCAUAAUUCAUAAAUCAAUAUCAUUUAAAAAUUAUUCUCUGAUUUUUGGGUAUCAAGUAUCAUAAGCAUGUUAGCUCGUUUGAAUAUACAUAUACAUUUACAAAUUUCAUUAAUGAAGAGGAUUAAUACCUUAAUGACAGGUAAUAUAAGAGCAAUGGAAAGCUCAGAAUCGAAGAAGGAAGAGUCAGCACGAAUGAAAGAAUUUCAUGAGAAACUUAAAUUACAGCCAAUGCCACGUGUACCACCACGUGAACGUUUCAUUGAUUUAGUUUUGGUCGACACCGAUCCUAAAACUGGAGAAUUAAUCACAAAUAGUGAAAAGGAACCAACCAAAUGGGGUGAUUGGCAAAUCGGUGGAAGGGUGAGCGACUUUUGAGCACAAAAUACUUUUAUAUCCUUCUUUCAUUUAAAGAUAUAAAUGUAUAUCCAAAGUACAAGAAAAAAUAACAAUCUCAGUUCAACGUUAACUUACAAAAUUCAU